AUGUGUUGUUGUCAAACUCAACAACAGCAUCUCACUCAACAACAGCAUCACACUCAACAACAGCAUCACACUCAACAACAGCAUCACACUCAACAACAGCAUCACACUCAACAACAGCAUCACACUCAACACCAGCAUCACACUCAACAACAGCAUCUCACUCAACAACAGCAUCACACUCAACAACAGCAUCUCACUCAACAACAGCAUCACACUCAACAACAGCAUCACACUCAACACCAGCAUCACACUCAACAACAGCAUCUCACUCAACAACAGCAUCACACUCAACAACAGCAUCCGACAUUAAAACUUAAGUACUUAGACACUGCAACAUUAGGCCUCAGGCACAGCAACAUCAUAAUCAGGAAAAGGCACAAUUGUAAAAACAAAAACUGUGCCACUAACAACAGUGCUACAAGCAAAAACAGUGAUACUAACAAAAACAUUACCACUAACACCAACUGUGACACUAUCAACAACAGUGCCAUUGACAACAACAUUGCCACUAACAAAAACAGUGUUUCAAACAACAGUACCACUGACAACAACAACAUUGCCACUAAUAAAACCUGUGCAAUUAACAACAACAGUGUCAAUAAUAACAUCUGUGCCACUAACAACAACAGUGCCACUAACAACAGUGCUACUAACAACAACAGUGCCACUAACAACAGUGCUACAAACAACAACAGUGCCACUAACAACAACGGUACUACUAACAACAACAGUAACAAUAACAACAAAAGUUCCAUUAACAACAACAUUGCUACUAACAACACCAGUGUCACUAACAACAGUGUCACUAACAACAACAGUGCCACUAACAAAAACAGUGCUACUAACACCAACAUUGCUACUAACAAAACAGUUACCACUAACAACAACAGUGCCAAUAACAACAACGGUACCACUAACAACAACAUUGCCACUAACAACAACUGUGCCACUAACAACAACAGUGUCACUAACAACAACAGUGCGACUAACAACAGUACCACUAACAAAAACUGUGCCACUAGCAAUAACAGAACCACUAACAACAGUGCUACUAACAGCAGUGCUACUAUCAACAACAGAGUUACUGACAACAACAGUACAACUAAAAACAACAGUGCCACUAACAACAACAUUGCUACUAACAGCAGCAGUGCCACUGACAACAAUAGUGACACUUACAACAACAGUACAUCUAACAACAACAGUGCCACUAACAACAACAUUGGUACUAAGAGCAGCAGUGCCACUGACAACAAUAGUGACAUUUACAACAACAGUGCUAUUAAUAACAUCCGUGCCACUAACAACAACACUGCCACUUACAACAAUAGUGCUACUAACAGGAUCAGUGGCACUAACAACAACAGUGUCACUAUCAAUAACAGUGCCGCUAAAACAACAGAACUAAUAACAUUAAUAGUGCCAAAAUCAACAACAGUUGCCACUAACAACAGUGACACUAACAACAACAGUGUCACUAACAACAACAGUGCCACCAACAACAAGAGUGCCAUUAAUAACAAUAGUGCCACUAACAACAACAGUGUCACCAACAACAACAGUGCUUCUAACAACAAUAGUGCAACUAAUAACAACAGUGCCACUAACAAUAACAGUGCUACUAACAACAACAGUGCCACUAACAACGACAGUACUACUAACAUCAACAGUGCCACUAACAACAGUGGCACUAUCAACAACAGUGCCACUAUCAACAACAGUGUCACUAACAACAACAGUGCCAAUAACAACAUCAGUGGCACUAACAAAAACAAUGGCACUAACAACAACAAUGCCACUAACAACAACAGUGCCAUUAACAACAACAGUGGCACUAACACCAACAACAGUGGCACUAACACCAACAACAGUGCUGCUACCAACAACAGAACCACUAUCAACAACUGUGCCACUAACAAUAACAGAGCCACUAACAACAACAGUGUUACUAACAACAACUGUGCAGCGAACAAGAGUGCAACUAACAACUGUGCUACUUUCAACAACAGUGCCACUAACAACAACAGUGACACUAACAACAACAGUACCAAUAAUAACAUCAGUGCCACUAACAACAUCAGUGCCACUUACAACAACAGUGCCAAUAACAACAACAACUGUGCCAAUAAGAACAACAGUGUCACUAACAAGAGCAGUGCUACUAACAACAACAGUGUCACUGACGACAACAGUGUCACUAACAACAACACAACAGUGUCACUAACAACAGCAGUGCCACUAACAACAAGUGUCAAUAACAACAGUGCCACUAACAACAACAACUAUGCCAAUAACAACAACAAUGUCACUAACAACAGCAGUGCUACUAACAACAACAGUACCACUAACAAUAACCGUGCCACUAACAACAACAGUGUCUCUAGCGACAACAGUGUCACUAACAACUGUAGUGCUACUAACAACAACAGUGCCACUAACAACAACAGUGCCACUAACAAUAACAGUGUCACUAACAACAACUGUGGCACUAACAACAACAGUGGCACUAACAACCACAAUGCCACUAACAACAACAGUGCCAUUAACAACAACAGUGGCACUAACACCAACAACAGUGCUACUAACAACAACAGAACCACUAACAAGAACUGUGCCACUAACAAUAACAGGGCCACUAACACCAAUGCUACUAACAACAAUGCUACUAACAACAACAGUGUUACUAACAACAACAGUGUUACUAACAACAAUGCUACUAACAACAACAGUGUUACUAACAACAAUGCUACUAACAACAACAGUGUUACUAACAACAACAGUGUUACUAACAACAACUGUGCCGCAAACAACAGUGCAACUAACAACUGUGCUACUAUCAACAACAGUGCCACUAACAACAACAGUGAGGCUAACAACAACGGUGCCAAUAAUAACAUCAGUCCAACUAACGACAACAGUGUCACUAACAACAAAUGUGCCACUAACAACAACAUCAUAGGUAACAUGUCCUCACGUUCAUCUACCUCUUCCUCACCUUCAUCUACCUCUUCCUCACCUUCAUCUACCUCUUCCUCACCUUCAUCUACCUAUUCCUCACCUUCAUCUACCUCUUCCUCACCUUCAUGUACCUCUUCCUCACCUUCAUCUACCUCUUCCUCACCUUCAUCUACCUUUUCCUCACUUUCAUCUACCUCUUCCUCACCUUCAUCUACCUCUUCCUCACCUUCAUCUACCUCUUCCUCACCUUCAUCUACCUAUUCCUCACCUUCAUCUACCUCUUCCUCACCUUCAUAUACCUCUUCCUCACCUUCAUCUACCUCUUCCUCACCUUCAUCAUACCUCUUCCUCACCUUCAUCUACCCUUUCCUCACUUUCAUCUACCUCUUCCUCACCUUCAUCUACCUCUUCCUCACCUCAUCUACCUCUUCCUCACCUUCAUCUACCUCUUCCUCACCUUCAUCUACCUCUUCCUCACCUUCAUCUACCUCUUCCUCACCUUCAUCUACCUCUUCCUCACCUUCAUCUACCUCUUCCUCACCUUCAUCUACCUCUUCCUCACCUUCAUUAACCUCUUCCUCACAUUCAUCUACCUCUUCCUCACCUUCAUCUACCUCUUCCUCACCUUCAUCUACCUAUUCCUCACCUUCAUCUGCCUCUUCCUCACCUUCAUCUACCUCUUCCUCACCUUCAUCUACCUCUUCCUCACCUCCAUGUACCUCUUCCUCACCUUCAUCUACCUCUUCCUCACCUUCAUCUACCUCUUCCUCACCUUCAUCUACCUCUUCCUCACCUUCAUCUACCUAUUCCUCACCUUCAUCUACCUAUUCCUCACCUUCAUCUACCUCUUCCUCACCUUCACCUACCUAUUCCUCACCUUCAUCUACCUCUUCCUCAACUUCAUCUACCUCUUCCUCACCUUUAUCUACCUCUUCCUCACCUUCAUCUGCCUAUUCCUCACCUUCAUCUACCUCUUCCUCAACUUCAUCUACCUCUUCCUCACCUUUAUCUACCUCUUCCUCACCUUCAUCUACCUAUUCCUCACCUUCAUCUACCUCGUCCUCAACUUCAUCUACCUCUUCCUCACCUUCAUCUACCUAUUCCUCACCUUCAUCUACCUCUUCCUCAACUUCAUCUACCUCUUCCUCACCUUCAUCUACCUCUUCCUCACCUUCAUUAACCUCUUCCUCACAUUCAUCUACCUCUUCCUCACCUUCAUCUACCUCUUCCUCACCUUCAUCUACCUCUUCCUCACCUUCAUCUACCUAUUCCUCACCUUCAUCUACCUCUUCCUCACCUUCAUCUACCUCUUCCUCACCUUCAUAUACCUCUUCCUCACCUUCAUCUACCUAUUCCUCACCUUUAUCUACCUCUUCCUCACCUUCAUCUACCUAUUCCUCACCUUCAUCUACCUCUUCCUCAACUUCAUCUACCUCUUCCUCACCUUCAUCUACCUCUUCCUCACCUUCAUCUACCUAUUCCUCACCUUUAUCUACCUCUUCCUCACCUUCAUCUACCUAUUCCUCACCUUCAUCUACCUCUUCCUCAACUUCAUCUACCUCUUCCUCACCUUAA